AUGAACUCUUGUUUACCGCCCGUUCAUGUCGAAGUGUGCCUGAAACCACAAAGUACUGCCAAGAGUAAAUUAAUUAAAGAGGCUGUUUUGGAACUAAUCAUAAAUAGGAGACCAAUCAUUCAAGAUGGAAUCAUUCCAAUGAUUGUUUCCGAGAGUCAGAAACUUUCCGAAAAGGAGGAAUUUCUCGUGAAGCAUGUCAAACAAAUUAAAAUUUCUGACAUGGAACAACAUCCGAUGUAUAAUGGACCUUUGUUGUACAACCAAGAUGGACAAUUUUCAAUUCAUGUCUUCAAAGCAACGGAUGAAGAACCCAUUGAAGAAACAACAGAUGACAAUGGAGCAGAAAAUGAAGAAAUUACUGCAUGUAAACAAUGGUCCCUUCCCAAUGAUUCAUUUGAUGGCCUUUGGGAAAGUCUAAUUUUUGAUAAUCAUGUCAAGUACAACUUGUUGGAAUAUGCCUCAACGACCAUGCGAUUUUCUGAUUUGGGAGUCGAUCAAAAUUUAAUUAGUUGGAAUCGAGUUGCCUUGCUCUAUGGUCCUCCUGGAACUGGUAAAACCUCAUUGUGUAAAGGCCUUGCACAAAAACUUUCCAUACGAAUGUCACACAGAUAUCCAUCAGGAGGUAUAUUAAUUGAAAUCAAUGCUCACAGUUUAUUUUCCAAGUGGUUCAGCGAGAGCGGAAAACUAGUCAUGAAACUCUUUAAGAAAAUAUUCGAAAUUGUAGAGGAUGAAGAAUCAUUUGUUUGCGUUCUCAUUGACGAGGUGGAAUCUUUAACUGCAGCUCGAAAAAGUGCUCUCUCUGGCUCUGAACCUUCUGACAGCAUUCGAGUAGUGAAUGCACUCCUCACUCAAUUAGAUCAUUUGAAACGCUACAAAAAUGUACUCAUUUUGACAACUUCGAAUAUUACUGAAGCCAUAGAUUUGGCAUUUGUAGAUAGAGCUGACAUCAAACAAUAUAUUGGUCCUCCUUCCGUUCAAGGAAGAUAUUCCAUCCUAAGAUCAUGCCUCAUGGAGUUGAUGCGUGUGUCUGUCAUUUCACCAUCAAUAGCAAUACCGAAAUGGAAUGAUAAAGAUGCUCCAGAGAAUAGCUAUGCUCUCAAACUAAAGCAAAUUUCCGAAUUUUGUGAGGAGGGAAUCAGUGGCAGAUCGCUUCGAAAGCUUCCCCUCUUGUCACAUGCCUUUUAUUUGAAUCACAUUUCUAAUUCAGUGACUUUGGAACAAUAUUUGUUGGCCAUUGAGACUGCCUUGAAAAACAAAGUGUUGCAAUUGAGUGGCCAAGAUGCUAGGUGA